AUGAUUACCAAGAGACGUCACGAGAAGGCGCAAGAAGUGUGCAGUUUGCGAUAUGCAAGAUAUUUCACCUUGUUCAAUGUCUCCUCUCACUUUAUAGACCAUCUUCAACUGGCGCCAGUUCUCAGCAUGAUUCGGGGGAAAUCCAGAUUUACGAAAUACAUUGUCGCUGCAUUCGCCAGUUAUAUUAUUCUCACUCUUUUAUUCAGUGGUACGGGGGAAAAGUAUUGGAAACAGGACUGGGUGAAGAUCGCGCGGUCCACGUUAGAGGAUCGGGCGCUGGAGCAUAUUCAAAAUGAGACGCUUGGGUUUGAACACAUUUACGCCAUUGGGCUGAAAGAACGAACAGAUAAGCGCGAUUUCCUCAACCUCGCUGCGUCGAUAGCCGGGUUUCGGGUUGAAUGGGUAGACGGGGUACAUCCAGAGGAUAUGAGCGAGAAGGCUCUGCUCAACGAUAAUCUAUUAGCACCAUCCGAGAUAGGAUGCUGGCGCGCUCAUAUGAACGCUUUGAGCAAUAUGGUCCAAAAUUCCUACUCAACAGCGCUUAUCCUCGAAGACGACGCAGACUGGGACGUUAGCAUUAGGCAGCAACUCCGCGAAUUCGCUCGAGGCGUGCGCGCGUUAACCAGAAAUGCUAAUACGACCAAGAGCGCUCCAUACGGCACCAACUGGGACAUCCUCUGGGUGGGCGGAUGCGCUUCAUCUGCCGCUCCCAAUGAGACCCAAUUCUAUGCCAUCCCAAAUGACCCAACUGUCCCCAGUGUCGAUCACCGUGGUACAUGGGGCGGUCCCCUCGACUCAUGGAAGGAGAUUUAUCCUGAGACGUCGACUCGUUUCAUUUAUCGGGCUGAUAUGGGCUGCUGCACCUAUGGGUACGCGGUGACCAAGCGAGGCGCAGAGAGGAUCCUAGCAGCCUUAGCAGUCGAUCGGCUCGUAGCUGCAGUGGAUAACUCUAUGGCUGAUAUGUGUGGUGGUAAGGAUGGCCGUUCGCAGAUCGAGUGUUAUGCGCCGUUCCCCAACAUCAUCGGGACGUACAAAGCGGCCGGUCUUGCGUCGAAGGAUUCGGACAUCCGUGAAGGCAGCGACGAGUGGCACGAGGCACAGGCCUGGAACCUCAUGUACAGCACUCGACUGAAUAUUCAUCGACUGGUGGCUGGUAGGGAUACUGUUCAUGCCCAGUAUGAUGAGGGUUUUCCUUGGUCGCGGCGCGUGUUGGAUUGGAAGGAGUUCGAGUACCCGAGGGGUUAUCUAGUUUCUUGA